CUGUCACUUGCUAAGUCAAGAUUGUCAAAUUGCAUAUGGUCAGGAAGAAAGAUCGUCUUUCUAUAGUGGAAACAAUUUGUAUUAUUAAUUUUGAAAUAAGCAGCUUAUUUAUUUCACAAUACACUACUUUCUACUAAAUGGAAGGAUUGAUUUCACAUCAACAAUGACUAUCGAUGCGACAUAAAUGAAUUAAGAAUGAAGCCAUUAGCUUUUCAUCUUACACGUAACAAUUUAUAUAAUUUAUUUAUUAAUUGUAGUGUCUGAAAGAUAAUGGAAGACACAUAAUGACAUGUGAGGGCAAAGAGCAGGAAAUGUCUGAAAGGCAUCUCCUGGAGGGCUGUCUGAGCGAGGCCAGUGUGACGGUGCCCUCGGUGCGCGCCAACCUGCCCCAGCACUGGAAAGAGUUUGUCUGUGGUGGAGGAUCUGCUUUCUGCAAUAUACUCAUCAGCUAUCCCCUGAAUAAGCUCAUAUUUAGACAGAUGAUGCAUGGAGUUGAAACAACAUUUGCUUUACACCAGCUGCAGAAAGAAGGUCUGGGAUUUCUAUACAGAGGAAUGUUGCCUCCUUUGAUGCAGAGAUCAUUGUCUAUGUCACUAAUGUUUGGUGUCUAUGAUGAAUGCCUAUACCCAUUGUUAGAGAAACAAAUCAAUCCCUACAUAGCAAAAACAUGUGCAGGAAUGGUGGCCGGGUGCUUUGAAGCAACACUCAUGCCUUUUGAGAGGAUACAAACACUACUCAUACAUCCAAAGUACCACAGUAUGUUCAAAAACACUGCAGAUGCAGCCACUCAUAUUGCCAAACAUUAUGGUAUCAAAGAGUUCUACAGAGGAUUAAUACCUAUACUGUUUAGGAAUGGUCCAUCCAAUGCUAUGUUCUUCAUAAUCCGUGACGAAGUGAGAGAAAAAUUACCCUACCAGGAGAAAGUACUGUAUCAGGGUAUUCAGAACUUCUUGGCAGGAGCUACAAUUGGUGCACUCCUGAGUACACUAUUUUAUCCGUUAAAUGUUAUUAAAAUUGCGAUGCAGUGUGAACUCGGCGGACCACACAGGACAAUAAUGUACGAGUUUCAAUAUAUUUUGCACAAGCGAGGCUCGAAGUUCACCAAUUUCUAUCACGGCGCGCUACUCAACAUCUCCCGCGCGUUCUUGAGUUGGGGUAUAAUAAAUGCAUCUUACGAAGUUUUCCGAAAAAUUUUAUAUACCUAGUCAGUUGUUUUAUCUUUUACAGAAAUUUAUUUAAUUGUGUUUCAAAUGUUAAAUCAAAUUGUUAUUUAAUUUGUUUCAAAAUAUGUAUAUAUAUUUCUUGAGAAUACAUUUGUUGAUAUGCAAUAUGCAAUCUGAGCACAAAAUGACAUCAAAUUAUGAAUGUGCUGUCUGCUCUUUUAUGUCGUCCUGUCUGUAGUUUGUACAUAUAAUGUAUAAAUAGAAGGAAAAUAAUGAAAGUGAACAAUUUAUAAAUGUUAUGAAUGUACAAAUCAUGUUUACAAAAUAU